GCGCGGCAGGGGGAGUGACAACGGUGCUAUGUUGUGAUGAGUUUGUAACGAUAAGCUGCGUGGAUGAAAAAUGACGAAAUAAGGACAGAUAGCGCACAUAUCCGCACAAAGAGUCUUUUACAUUGCUGUUGGGUGACUUCUGAGGUUUCCUUUUGUUAGAAUUCAACAUAUACUGGACUGAAAGGGUCGCAAUACAUGCAGAAAUUAUGAAAGAUCAAUUUCAGCCUGAACAGCUUGACACUUACCCUCCGUAACCUCCGGAUAGGCUUUUUAAAAGCACUAUGGGUAACACAAGCAGUGAGAGGGCAGGGCUGGGCCACGAAAAGGCCCACAGGAGGGACAGUCGAGGAACCAAGGAGGGAGACCGUCCCAAAAUCCUGAUGGACAGCCCUGAAGAUGCUGAUAUAUUUCACGGGGAGGACAUGAAAGCACCGUUGGUAAAAGAAGAGCUGUUUGACUGGAGACCAGACCUGGAUGUCAAUGACAAGGAUUCGGCACUGGACAGACCCACGGUAUUUCGAUGGACGGGAGCUGGAAAGGAAGUUUAUAUUUCUGGCUCUUUUAACAAUUGGACUAACAAGAUUCCUUUGAUUAGGAGUCAAAACAACUUUGUGGCGAUUGUGGAUUUGCCUGAAGGUGAGCAUCAGUAUAAGUUCUUUGUGGAUGGACAGUGGACACACGACCCAUCAGAGCCCGUGGUGACCAGCCAGCUCGGCACGGUCAACAACAUCAUCCAGGUGAAGAAGACAGACUUUGAGGUGUUUGAUGCCCUGAUGGUGGAUUCACAGAAAUGUUCUGACAUGUCAGACCUGUCCAGCUCUCCUCCUGGGCCGUAUCAUCAGGAUGCUUACAUACCCAAACAGGAAGAGAAAUUCAAAUCUCCUCCAAUUCUCCCCCCUCAUCUCCUACAGGUCAUCCUUAACAAAGACACAGGCAUCUCUUGUGAUCCAGCUUUGCUUCCUGAGCCCAAUCACGUCAUGCUUAACCACCUGUAUGCUCUGUCCAUUAAGGACGGCGUAAUGGUUCUGAGUGCAACCCAUCGAUAUAAGAAGAAAUAUGUCACGACUUUGCUGUACAAGCCGAUCUGAUCUUUGUCUUCUCAGCUGAGAAAACCGACCAGUUUCAAAUGCUUUAAAUAUUUUAGUAUUGUCUAGUUUGGUGUGCUUAUAUAUAGUAUGUAUUAUUGUAAAUAAUAGAGAUGUACAGAGAUGCACUUUAGAAAUGAAUUCUGCUUUUUUAAGUAUAAGCGAAUCAGAAACAGAAAAUGCACAUAUACAGUACUGUGCAAAAGUCUUAGGCCACCAUGCUACCAUUAGAUUUGUUGUAUUUGCAAUUGUAUAGUGAUCAUAUAUAAUUAUUUCUCAGUCUCUUUAUUAGAAUACAACCAGAAAAUACAGGAAAUGUGUAUGUAGUAUUAAAAACCGUAUAAAAGUAUAAGCUGAAGUGUCAAGUAUUUAGGGUAAACUCCCCUUCCACUUGAGCAAUAGCAGGCGGCUGCAGGAUCUCUUAAACUUAAAUGAAAUUAAAUCCUAAUUUCUAAUUCUAAUCGAAUGACUUCAGGACUUCAGUCUCCUCGAAAAUGCUCAAGAUGUGUAAAUACUGACUGAUGCCCGAAGAAGACAUUUAGUUUUGUUUUUAAUAUUGUGUACAUAUUUCCUGUAUUUUCUGUUUCUGUAUCUUAAAAAAGAGUGAAAAUUAAAUAUGGAUGGACAUUAAAACUUUGCUAAAACAACAAAGCUGGUGAUGGUGGCCUAAGACUUUUGCAAAGUACUGUAUAACGUUUUAGAUGUUGGUACACUUUUAAACAUAUUACUUACUUGAGACUGGGCCAAUUUUUUUUGCAUUUUUUUUCUUUUUGUCUCCUAAGGCCGAGUAGGAUGAUAUAUUAUUGACUAAUUGUUGUAAAAAGAGCUUAAAAUAUAGUGUUUUAUUGUAAGAUUUAUAUUAAUAUUUAUUAGCAAGGUCACUAAACUUCUAAGCAUCUGUUUUGAAUCAGUCAGCAGUUUGUGUAAGGGACCAAAUAUGGAAACGUGGAGAUAACAGUGACCCUGUUUUUAUUUACAGCACAAAUACAGUAACAGUCAGUAAUACUGAAGCAUUCUGACUUAUGUGUAUAAUCUGCAAUUCGUGAAAUAAAACACUAAGAAGUA